UUGCUCUCUUAAUACUCCGUAUAUAUUAUAUACAAAUAUGUCUAGUGAGAUUGUUGUUAUGGUUCAUUGGAAUGGCUCUACAUUUCAAAAAGAUAAUGAAAUAGAGUACUCCAUACCUCCUAGGGCGGUACUAUUCAUUAGUGAAGAAGAUGAUUUUACCAGUAUACACGAGACUGUUCUAAAUCGUGUUACAGGUGAGAGAUUUUCCGAAAUUGGAUUAAUUUACGGAAAAUUGAUUAUAUAUUAUAUUGAUUAUUAAUAUAUAAUUACAUAAAAUCAGACAAAUAAGACUAUUCAUAAAAAUUUUAUGAAUUGCAUAAAAUUUCUAAUAAUUUAAGUGCGGAUCUGUCCCUUCUAUAAUAAAAAUUAAACAGAUAAAAAUUUCUAAUAAUUUAAGUGAGGAUUUCGAUGCUCCGUCCCACAGCACUUCAGGUCAUUCAACAUAACCAUCUUCCACAUGGGUGCAGGUGAGAGUCAGGUAGUACUUGAAAUUUUUACUUCAUAUAAAAGAUCCCCAAGACACUGCUUACGCUUGUACCGGGAUGACCUAGACCGCAUGAGUGAGAGUCAGUUUGAUUUCACUCCCUACGCGUUCGAGAUACUCCCACCUAUCAUCCUUAAUGACGCUCCGCUUUGGUCGGCUGAGGUCAUGCUCAUAUUUUGCAAUAUGACCAAAAGGCAUUACCCCGACCGAUUUCUUCGGCAGUUCCAUAUAAGGCAAGAUACUCCGAACGAUCCUUUGCCGGGUACUGAUAAUCACGGCAAUCAAGGUGUCUCAUUUGAUCAACCACCGCCGUAUUAUGAUUCUUAUCAGUACUCCACACAGGCGGAUGAUUAUGUUGAGUCAUUUCUGAAUUCGUCGUUUUAUUAUGGAGACACAACGGGGAAUUGGAACACUGGCGGCGGGGACGGAGCAGGCCCGAGCAUGCAACGUAAGAUGUAGUAUUAAAUUUAAUAUCGUAUGUACUGUCUAUUGACUCUAUUCAUUAAUAAAUCACUGUCUAUUCGUUGUUUUGUUCACUUCCAUUAAAAUUACAAAAAUUGCA